AUGCAGUUGCAUACCUUGCGUCAUGACAAUGCAAGUAUUGAGGCCUAUGUACAAAAGGCCAAAGGAAUCGCGGAUAGAUUAGUUUCAUUACAACAUCCGAUUUCCAAUGAUGAUUUAGUUGAAUUUGUUCUUGCUAGACUAGGCCUUGUCUAUCGUCCCUUCACCAGGUCACUAGAAUCACGUCAAGAAGAUAUUAUGUUUGAUGCAUUAUAUGGCCUUAUCCUUAAUGAAGAAAGACAGUUAAAAAGAGAUGAGACCAUUAAUGUUAUUGCACCCACCGCUCAGUUCACUCAGAGUUCUAUUUAUACCACUCGAGGGCAUGGUAGAGGACGAGGAGGGCGUGGUCGCGGACGCUCCUCCAUCCAGGGGUUCAGACAGAAUAACCAAAAUCGUAACUUUCAGGUAUCCAAUCAAUCGACUAAAGAUAAUCAACAAUCUUCUAACUACUCCGAACUUAUCUGCCAUAAUUAUGAAGGAAAAGGUCAUAUUGCACGUGUAUGUCCUUCACCACGAGCUAACAAUAUCAGCAUGGUGUCUGGCCGACCCACUUCUAAUCUUAUGAGUUCUCCCAAUCCACCUACACAAACCUAG